UGGGUCUGAGCUGACGAGGAAGUACAAGUGUGCGACACAACCUCAUUCUCACGGCGUCAACAUGGCAGACAAGGGAGAAACGACAACAGUGCUUGAGUUUGACAUUGUGAAAACAGCCAUGAUAUGUAACCCUACUGGAAAAGGAGUCCUCUUCGAGAGGAGGAGGAACCGGAAGUCCACACUGAUCUGGAGGAACUACCUGACGGAGGACAAGAAGAGCAAAGCGCUUAUCUGGGUGCACUCCUACAAAAGCAGUCCACCUGCAAAAGGGACCUAUGUUGUACUAGAGUUUGCCGAUUCUAGAAACUUCAUCUUCGGCAGCGGAAAUGCUAUUAAACCACAGUUGUGCGUGGGGGAACCGGAUGGUACCGAUCUUCCGGAUGAUCCCGAAGACAUCACGACCCCCACCGACCCACGAGUGUUCCUGAUGAAGCCCAGUCCGCAUGGUUCCACGGAUGUCGUGUUCGCCUGGAAGGGCUCUACCAAUGACGUCAUCACCCUGUUGCCAUCGCCAAAUGCACGAAACAAAUCGUCCGGACCAUGUGGACUCAUGCCCGAAGGAAAUGGACCAACACUGGAGUCGCAGCUGUUUCAGCUCAAUCUGCCGUUACUUCGCAAAGCUGACAGGGCUUCUGAGGCUGAGAUGUCAGAUCGUCUGGAGGUUGUCCCCUUCCCAUUUCCGUUCCUACCACCCGGCCUUGAGUCCGAGGCUCGCCAAGCCUAGAAACCACAGCAUCACCACUGAAUCUCGUCAUUCUCUUAAGUUGAGGAAUAUUUUCGUGAGAAAAUGACUUGAUCAAGCUAAGAAAUACAAGGUUCUUAAUCGAUUCAGAUCGAGAACAUUUCUUAAAUCGUUUCCAAAGGGCACGGAAGUGGAACUUCACAAACAGAACAGUAGCAACAACAACAACAACAACAAAAAAACAACUGGUAGCUUGUUCUUUAGUCAUGUUUAUAUCAUAACCCAACAAAACAUUACAUCAAGAUGUAAUACAGUUCUGUAAUACCCGGAAUAAAGUUAUACUCGGAAAGAUAAACGUUACGUUUAAAGAAGUUUUAAAUUUCAUAUCAAGAAGUAGAAAAUGUCGAGUCGAUAAGUAGUUACUGCAUGUAUUAGUAACACAACAGGGACGGUAUAUAGUCAAUAAUCCAAUAUAAACAUAAUUGGGAUGACUUUUAUAUCUUAUAUGCAACAGUUUUUCUCCUGUAGGUGAUGGUGAAUGGUUAGGGGUGACAACAAUUCUGUAUUAUAUGACAGAUUGUACCCAAAAUACUGAGCUAUGACUAGUAUAAUACUUUAGCAUAGCAAACAUAUAGAUUUGUAUAAAAAUAUAUACAUCUCUGAAUGUUAAUUUGAGAACUUUAUAAACACUAAAAAAAUAAGCGGUGUGUUAGGUAUGCCUAUAGACCACAAGGGAGGUGGCCUGUCACCUUUAGAGUUUUCUAUCGGUUAUUAGACUUAGUCUGUAUGUUUUGAUCACACUACUUUGUAACAGGAUGUAUGAACGCUGCACCAUACCAUGUUUAUGCUUGGAUACCUUUGAAAAGCC